AUGAGCUCGGAAAACAUUAAUGAAAUUUUGGAUAGGUUAAUUGAACAAACUAAACCAAAUGAUACUUUCGUCACACCAGACCCAGUACUGGAUUCUGUCAAUUCUAGCCUUGAAAUACCACCAGGCAAUGAUUCCAAUAUUUAUUAUUUUAAGACUAUUGUGGCUCCACGGAUCAAUUUCAAAUCUAAUGGCGAGAUAAUAGAAAGUUCCCAACAGUCAAAUAUAAGUAGCCUUGAAGUCGAUAAAGAAACCGAACCAAGUACAGAAGAACAAUCUUUGCCACGAACAAGCAAAACAGUAAGAAAAGUCAUUGAAAUUGAACAUCAAAAACAAACUAUAUCAAGGAACCGAUACGGAGGUAACGCUGAACUCAGAUCUGGAAACGUGGAUAACUCAUUAGAAUAUUCAGUAAAGAAAGAAUCCUCGUCAGAUUAUAACGCGGCCAACAACAAUAUAAAUAGUCAACGUAAUGAUCAUUUAAACUUAUUACACCAAUACCCUGAGAUCAUAAUUGACCACAUUACUUACGACAACUAUGAACAAACUAAUAAUAAUAAUAGCAAGCCAGUGUCACCUUCACAUGAAUCACAACUUGCAUCAGAAAUGCCUCCAAAACCUGUUCCUAGAUCGCAGCAUAACAACUUAGAAGAAAACACUGAAACAGCAAACCAUGCCCCUUCGGAACAUUCUGGUACAAAUCAUAAUUUAACAUCCGAAAUAAAAAAUUUAAUAGAUACCAUUAUACAAAAGAAGAUAACGCAUAUUCCUGUCCUCAGACAAGACACGACAAACGAAACCCGUAAACAAAGCAAAAUUCUUGAAAAGAUUUUACAAAAGAUACCUGAAAUGAAAUUAGUAGGUCGUAGGGGCAAAGCCAACUACUUACGUCAGCGAGAACUAGUUCAGCCUCCACAGAUUGAUAAAUUUUCACGUUUUGGUAACCCGGCAGAUAAUUUAAUACAUAGGAAUGUAGGCAAUAGUUUUAUCAAAUCAUACUUGCGUGCGCCGCAUGUGAUUAAUAAAUGGGAAAUACACAGCCGCUUGUUGAAGACUUUGUUGUUGACGUGUAGGCCUAAUGGCCUCAACCAUAUUCGGCUCAUAGCUGAAUUGAUUGACAGGAUUAUAUCCAACAUCGGUUACCGAUCUGCAUGCUAUGAUUUAUUUAAGUAA